GUAUCGUUGGCUAAAGUUACUCAUCAACUUCCUGUGAGCCUUUUAAUCCACUUGUUGAGGAGCGCUAAAGCACAAAGGCCUUUCGACUGGAGUAAACAUCAUAGGAACAUGAUGCUAGCGUCUCCACAGAAGUGAAGCCUACCCGUGAGCACAAUGGGCAGUUUAAAAGAAGUAGGUAUAAUCGGUGCCACCGUCGCUCUUGCAGGUGGGGUUGCGUAUCUUAUCUGGAACUACGCGUUCACCGAUGAGGAUACGACUUCAAAAUCGAGGGAGCCCGAAGAGAUCGGCACCAGACCCAGAUUAAGGGAGGAGGGCAAGGACGGAAAUUGGACAUAUGCUAAGUCAACAAGCAAACAAAGUUCAGCUAAAGCUCCACCACCUGUUAACGCGAGCGAAGCUUCAACAUUUACAAAGUACGGUAGCAGUCUGACACAAGAGGACUGGGAAAGGGAAACGGAGAACGUGGAGAGGAGGAGAACGAAGGAGGUGACAACCAGAGAAACUGUAGUUUCUGUUGCUGCUGUGCAGUCGUUUUCUGCUCCCAGAGCAUCAGCAUCUUUAGAUACCAAAAAAACACAAGUUCUCGUUCUGGGUUUGGAUGGAGCUGGUAAAACCAGUGUGCUACAAUGCUGGGCUACAGGCAAUGUGGAGGAGGAGGUGGAGCCGACAAAUGGCUUCAACGCUGUGUCUAUCAACAAAGAGGAGCUGCACAUCGAGUUCCUGGAAAUUGGAGGUAAUGAGAAGCUGCGACAAUACUGGCACAAAUACAUGUCCAAGGCUCUGCUGCUCGUCUUCGUGGUGGACUCCUCCGACCCUGACCUCUUCCCAGUUGCUAAGGAACAUUUGCACGAGCUGCUCUCCACUGAUUCCACUCUGCCUUUAAUGGUGCUCGCCAACAAACAGGAUCUCCCAGAUUCCUGCAGCAUCACUGAUCUCCACGAUGCUCUGGCUCUGUCUGAAAUCGGAGACCGAAAAAUGUUCUUAAUCGGCAUCCACACAAGAAAAGGAGAGUUGGGCUCGGGUAUACGCAGCGCUUGGAAUAUGAUUGAAAAGAUGGUUUGUGACGGCAGUUAAACUUUUAGUCCCGUUUAGUCAGCGCUCGCCUCAUUAUUUGUUUGCACUGCUUCACCUUAUGGUUUUUGUUGCUCUAGGUCAGGGGUGUCAAACUCAUUUUUACCGGGGGCCACAUCAGCAAUACCGUUCCCCUUAAAGGGCUGGUUUUAAAUGGAAGACUGUAUAGAUCAGGGGUCCCCAACCCCUGGUCCGAAGACC